AAUUACUUUGGACAACACAUUGGUUAUCUUGUCUUCGGUGGCACCAGACGCCGGGCGGUACUACGUACAAGCCGUAAAUGACAUAAAUGGAGAGAACAAGACCAGCCAACCAAUCACCCUGACUGUUGAGAAUAUCGGAGGUCCUGCAGACCCCAUUGCUCCCACGAUCAUCAUACCUCCAAGAAACACUAGUGUGGUGAUGGGAACAUCAGAGGUCACAAUGGAGUGUGUGGCCAAUGCCAGACCUCUUAUCAAGCUGAGCAUCUCAUGGCGUAAAAACGGCAUGUUGGUGAGCAGCGGUUUGAGCGACUUCAACCGCAGACUGACCAUCCUCAGCCCGAUGGUGAGCGACGCCGGCUUCUAUGAAUGCGAGGCCGUUCUCCGCAGCAGCAGCGUGCCCUCUGUCAGCGCCGGGGCAUAUCUUCAUGUGUUUGAGCCGCCACAGUUUAUUAAAGAACCAGAGAAACACAUCACAGCUGAGAUGGAGAAGGUGGUGGACAUUCCCUGUCAGGCGAGGGGAGUUCCCCAGCCAGAAAUUGUCUGGUACAAAGAUGCCCUUCCCAUUGAUCCGGUGAAGACGCCCAGGUACAGGGUGCUGGUGGGGGGGAGCCUCCAGGUCAACGGCCUGCUGCCCGAUGACACCGGCAUGUUUCAGUGCUUUGCCAGAAACGCAGCUGGAGAAGUUCAGACCAACACCUACCUGGCUGUAACCAGCAUCGCACCGAACAUCACAGCCGGACCCUCUGACAGCACAGUGAUUGACGGAAUGUCAAUCAUCCUGCACUGUGAGACCUCAGGAGCGCCGAGGCCCGCUAUAACCUGGCAGAAAGGAGAGCGCGUUUUGGCCAGUGGCUCAGUGCAGCUGCCCAGGUUCACUCUGCUGGAGUCAGGCAGUUUGCUCAUAUCCCCUUCCCACAUCACUGAUGCCGGGACCUACACCUGUAUGGCAAGCAAUUCUAGGGGAAUCGAUGAGGCGUCCGCUGACCUCAUUGUCUGGGCUCGCACUCGGAUUACCACCCCCCCACAGGACCAGAGCGUCAUCAAAGGGACUAAGGCCAUUAUGACCUGUGGAGUCACACACGACCCCAGUGUAAUUAUCAGGCAUGUCUGGGAAAAAGACGGCUCGGCGAUCAAUGUUCAUUCAAUCCCCCGCAUGCGCCUGGACGCCGACGGCACCCUGCACAUUUCCCAGACCUGGUCGGGUGACAUCGGCACGUACACAUGCAGAGUCAACUCGGUCGGAGGCAACGACUCUCGCAGCGCUCACCUCCGUGUCAGGCAGCUUCCCCAUGCCCCGGAGAACCCGACGGCCAUGCUGAGCAAGUCUGAAAAAAGAGCCAUCGACCUGGCCUGGGCCAAGCCUUUCGAUGGCAACAGUCCUCUCAUACGUUAUAUCCUGGAGGUUUCUGAAAACAAUGCUCCCUGGGCCAUCCUGCUGGCCAAUAUUGAACCUGAGUCCACAGCGGUGACAGUAAAUGGCUUGAUCCCGGCCCGCUCCUAUCAGUUCCGCCUCUGUGCCGUUAAUGAUGUCGGGAAGGGGCAGUUCAGUAAAGAGACCGACCGCGUGUCUCUCCCAGAGGAGCCCCCCAGCGCCCCCCCUCAGAACGUCAUCGCCAGCGGCAGGACCAACCAGUCAAUCAUGAUCCAGUGGCAGCCGCCGCCUGAAAGCCACCAGAACGGCAUCCUGAGGGGCUACAUCAUCCGUUACCGCCUAACUGGGCUUCCUGUGGACUACCAGCUGAAAAACAUCUCCAGCCCAGAUGUGACCACCCUGCUGCUGGAAGACCUCAUCAUCUGGACCAACUAUGAGAUUGAGGUGGCGGCCUACAACGGGGCGGGAUUGGGCAGCUUCAGCCAUAAAGUUACAGAGUGGACCCUCCAAGGAGUCCCGACCAUCGCUCCAGGAAAUGUGCAGGUCGAGGCGGUCAACUCAACAGCUAUCCGUUUUACCUGGACCGCUCCGAACCCUCAGUUUAUCAACGGCAUCAACCAGGGCUACAAGUUGUUGGCCUGGGAACCUGGCAAAGAAGAGGACGUUUCCAUGGUAACAGUACGACCUAACUUCCAGGACAGCGUCCAUGUGGGAUACGUGACAGGCCUGAAGAAGUUCACCGAGUAUUUCACCUCGGUGUUGUGCUUCACUACACCUGGAGACGGCCCCCGCAGCCCACCUUGGGCUCUGAAGACUCAUGAGGACACCCCCGCUGCUGUAGGUCACCUGAGCUUUACAGAGAUCCUGGAUACUUCUCUUAAAGUCAGCUGGAGCGAGCCUGGUGAGAAGAAUGGAGUUCUAACAGGUUACCGCAUUUCAUGGGAGGAGUUCAACCGGACCAACACCAGAGUCACCCACUAUCUGCCGAAUGUCACCCUGGAGUACAGGGUCACAGGCCUCACCGCUCUCACCACAUACACUAUCGAAGUGGCAGGAAUGACCUCCAAAGGCCAGGGCCAGAUGUCCUCCUCUACUAUCUCCUCCGGAGUCCCACCAGAGCUUCCUGGCCAUCCUACCAACAUUGCUAUAACCAACAUCGGCCCACGCUCUGUCAACCUGCAGUUUAAACCUGGCUAUGAUGGCAAAACCUCUAUUUCUCGUUGGCUUGUAGAAGCCCAGGUUGGGGUGGUGGGAGAAAAUGAAGAGUGGGUGUUGGUUCAUCAGGUCUCAAAUGAACCCGAGGCUCGCUCUCUGGAGGUGCCUGGUCUCAACCCAUACACCUUCUACAGAUUCCGCAUGCGGCAGGUGAACAUAGUUGGCAGCAGUCCUCCCAGCCAGCCGUCAAGGAAGAUUCAGACGCUUCCAGCUCCUCCUGACAUGGCCCCCGCCAAUGUCACCCUGCGCACAGCCAGUGAGACCAGCCUGUGGCUGCGAUGGAUGCCCCUUCCUGAAUGGGAAUACAAUGGAAACGCAGAGCAGGUGGGAUACAGCAUUCAGUACUACCGCGUCGGCUCCCAGGGCCGCGGGCUGACCCACAUCAUCACAGAUCGUUUGGAGAGGGAGUUCACCAUCGAAGACCUGGAGGAGUGGACGGAGUACGAGGUCAGGGUCCAGGCUGUCAACGGCAUUGGGACGGGACCGUGGAGCCAGCCGGUUAGAGGCAGAACUAGGGAGUCCGUUCCUUCAUGUGGACCCACUAACGUGUCUGCAUUCGCCACCACCUCAAGCAGCAUCUUAGUGCGUUGGUCUGAAGUCCCUGAGCCCGACUGGAACGGACUCAUUCUUGGCUACAAGGUGAUGUAUAAGGAGAAGGACUCUGACAGUGUGGUCCGCUUCUGGAUGGUGGAGGGGAACGCGUCCCACAGCGUCCAGCUGACCGGUUUGGGGAAAUACGUGCUGUAUGAGAUUCAGGUCCUGGCUUUCACUCGGAUCGGAGACGGACGGCCGAGCUCUCCGCCCAUCCUGGAGAGGACUUUGGAUGAUGUACCAGGACCUCCAGUUGGUAUCCUCUUCCCUGAAGUGCGGACCACGUCUGUCCGGCUGAUUUGGCAGUCGCCUGCGCAGCCGAACGGCAUCAUCCUUGCCUACCAGAUCACUUACCACCUGAACUCUACAAACAGCAACGCAGCCACAGUGGACGUCCUGAACCCAAGCACUCGCCAGUACACCGUCACCAGCCUCAAACCAGAAUCUGUCUACGUGUUUCGCAUCACAGCACAGACCAGGAAGGGCUGGGGCGACGCGGCCGAGGCUCUGGUGGUCACAACGGAGAAAAGAGCUCGUCCCCAGCCCACCAGCCGCCCCAUCGUUCCUCAGAAGGAUGUCCAGGCCCGUCAGGUGCUGCUCUCCUGGGAGCCGGGCAGCGAUGGGCUCUCCCCAGUGCGUUACUACACCGUGCAGCAGAAGGAGCUGCCCCAGAACAACUGGACGGUGCACUCCGCCUCCGUCAACCACGAGGCUACGUCCUACAUUGUGUCCGGGCUGAAACCCUUUACUUCCUAUCAGUUCAGAGUAAAAGCUACCAACGACAUAGGGGACAGUGAGUACAGUGAGGAGAGUGAAGCUAUCACAACUCUACAGGAUGCGCCAGACGAAGCGCCGACAAUCCUCUCUGUCACGCCGCACACAACCACGUCGGUGCUGAUCCGCUGGCAGCCACCUCCUGAGGAGAAGAUCAAUGGAAUUUUACUGGGAUUUCGGAUUCGCUACCGUGAGCUGCUGUAUGACCGUCUCCGAAACUACAUUCACACACUGAACAGCCUGUCCUCAUGGGCCGAGCUGAACGCCCCCUACACCAUCCGGAACCUCAGCGAUCCGACUCUCAGUCAGUACGAGCUUGACAAGCUCAGUAAACACAAGCGCUAUGAAAUACGCAUGAGUGUGUACAACGCUGUGGGAGAGGGGCCAGGCAGCCCACCCCAGGAGGUUUUUGUUGGGGAAGCAGUCCCAACAGCCCCACCACAGAAUGUUGCUAUUCAGUCGGCGACGGCUACCCAGUUGGACGUCACAUGGGAUCCUCCACCUGUAAAUGCUCAAAAUGGAGACAUCCAAGGCUACAAGAUUUACUUUUGGGAGUUCCAGCGUAAGAACGCGACAGAGCGACUGCGGACUCUUUUUAUGCCAGAGAGGGGUGUGAAACUGAAGAACCUGACCGGGUACACCACAUACAUGAUCAGCGUGGCCCCCUUCAACGCUGCCGGCGAUGGACCCCGCAGCCCCCCGACCAGGGGACGAACUCAGCAAGCUGCUCCAAGUGCGCCGAGUUUCAUUCACUUCAGUGAGCUGACCACCACCUCUGUCAACGUGUCCUGGGGCGAACCCACCUUUCCUAACGGCAUCAUUGAAGGCUACCGUCUGGUUUAUGAGCCAUUAACCCCUGUAGAUGACCCCUCAGUGGCCUGUGCCGACUGUCUUCACUCCCCCUCCCCCCCAGGCGUCAGUAAGACAGUUACGGUGGACGUGAAGGGGGGCGGGCCCCUCUGGUUGAAACUUCGAGAUUUGGCCGACGGCAUCACGUAUAACUUCCGCAUCCGAGCCAAGACCUUCAUCUAUGGGCCGGAGGUGGAGGCCAACAUCACUACUGGACCAGGGGAAGGAGCCCCAGGACCCCCUGGAGAACCUUUUAUUACACGUUACGGUUCAGGCCUGACGAUCCACUGGACGGGAGGUGACCCAGGACGGGCUCCUAUAACACGAUAUGUCAUCGAGGCCAGACCUUCAGAUGAAGGUUUGUGGGAUAUUAUAAUCAAGGACAUCCCAAAGGAUGCAACAUCACACACAUUCAACAUGGAUGUACUUAAACAAGGCGUCAGCUAUGACUUCCGGGUAAUCGCAGUGAACGACUACGGCUACGGCUCUCCAAGCAUGCCUUCACCCUCUAUAUCUGCUCAGAAAGUGGCCCCGUUUUAUGAGGAGUGGUGGUUCCUGGUCGUCGUGGCGCUGGUGGGACUCAUCUUCAUCCUGCUGCUGGUUUUCAUCCUCAUCAUUAGAGGACAGAGCAAGAAAUAUGCAAAGAAGUCUGAGUCAGUGUGUCUCUACGUGUGUCCAGGUAACAACUCUAAUUGCAAUGCUCUGACCCACGGGGACAUGGUCAGCCUCGACGAAGGCCGCUUCCCCGCUCUGGAGCUCAACAACCGACGGCUGUCAGUGAAAAACUCUUUCUGUCGGAAGAACGGCGUCUACACCAGGUCUCCACCCAGACCCAGUCCAGGCAGUCUCCACUAUUCAGACGAGGAUGUGAGCACCAAAUACAAUGACUUGAUCCCUGCAGAAAGCACAAACCUGACUGAGAAACCCUCAGAAAUCUCUGACUCACAGGAGGCGCUGGUGUUUUCAUAUGGGACAGGUGGCCUACAUACACUUCCACUGCAUUUGGGGAGCGACAACGAGUACGAGGUCGACCCAAACCGACAGAAGACGCAUUCGUUCGUCAACCACUACAUAAGCGACCCCACCUACUACAACUCCUGGCGCCGCCAGCAGAAGGGAAUAUCCCGAGCACAGGCCUACAGCUUCACCGAGUCUGAGUCGGGAGAACCAGAGCAUCACGCCCCGCCUCCGCUGCCCCCUCUACCGCCGCUGCCCCCGCAGCUCAGUUCGCCCAGCCCUCAACCUCAACAGGCCCAGGGUCAACCUCAGGGUCAAGGCAACCUGUUUCGGCCCAAAGGAAGUCGGACUCCCACCCCCUCCCAGCAGUGCUCCAACCCCCCCAGCCAGCACAGCACCCUGUACAGGCCCCCCAGCAGCCUAGCCCCCGGGUCACGCGCUCCUAUCGCUGGCUUCUCCUCCUUUGUGUGAUAAAUGCCGAAAAGGAGCAAACUUUCUCGAAGCGUUAACGCAAAAUAGAACAUCACGGCAUGAUGCCAAAUCCGCCAGUUUAAUCAAUCACAGCAGUUUCUCGCCUCUUAUAGCCUUCUGUUUUUCAUUUUUACGCUUUUUUUUUUCUUCCGUUCUACUUAAACGGUGACUUUUCACAGCGCUUGUUUCUCUUUAGUGUGGAAGUGUGCCAUCGUAAACUCAAGUUUUUCCUUUUACCUGUUGAUAAAACACAUCUGCAGUUGUAUUUGUUGAACUACUUGCAUGACUUUGCUUCUCAUUCUUUCCUCUUUUAGUUGCUUUUUAGAAACACGUUAAUCAGCAAUCUCUGUACAAAGUCACAAGUCUUUGAAAACACAAAAAAAAACAUUUGCUACAUAUAUAUCUAUAUAGAUAUAUAUAAAUAUAUAUAUAACAUAUAUAUAGUGGAGAGACCUAGAAGUCAAAAUUGAGCUGGUGGACAUAAUCUUUACAAACGGAGACUCAUGAAGAGAAGAAAAGAUUUGAUUAGGCUCCAUGUAAAAACAAAAUAUGAAGGAUAACAAACAUAACUUGUACCAAGGACACAAAUCUGCAUUAGUGUGGAACCAAAUUGUUGGGCUGGGAGCGUGCACACAUGCAGAGGUCAGAGGUGACUGUCCUGUGCCUGAGGGACUUACCAUCUAUGAAAUAGGUGUAUGUCUGUUUAAAGAAUUUUUUCACGAGAUUGUUGCAGCGGAAGACGGCCGCCUUGAUUGAAACACUUACUUCUACCACCUGGCACCAGUUGUGACCACGCCGUUCAUGGUGCCCUCCACCGUCAGCUACCAGAGCCUCCUUUUACGCUCAACAGAUGGAAGUCGGCGGCGAAGGAUCGAACCUUCACUGCUUUCUCUCUGCUCUUGUAUAAACACAUCAGUCUCGAUCUGCUGAAACGCUUUGAUAUUCAGCCUGUGAGGGGGAGUUUUGAAACUGUGGACACUUCUGCUGAAAGCGCUUAAGUGUGAUUUUGUUAAA